AUGUGGCACGAGCCCUCUGGGCAAGGCGCGCUGGAGGAGCUGCUGGACCGGUUCGGCCGGGCUGUGGGGCCGUCAGCGGGCUGGCGGCUGGCGCUCGAGAGGGCAGCCCGGGACCUGCAGCGAGUGACGAGCGCUCCAGCCCGGCUCUCAAGUGCAGCCCAGGCCCUCGCCGCUCAGGCCCUCCUGCGCCUGAGCUCACAGCUGCCGAAGGAGCCCCCUGCUCCCAGCAACAUCUCCGGGCUGGACCCCUCUGCGGCCGCCGAGGCCCUCUUCCAGGCCCUGGGAAACCUCCUUGAGCCCAGGGACGGCAGCCAGGGCCAGUGGCAGGGAGAAGGCGCCCUGGAAGCGGCGCUGGGGGCCCUGCCUCUGAUCCAGACCGGCCUGCUGCUGGGCCGCCCCUCUGCAGCCGCGGACUCCCCCGUGCUCAGCACCACCGUCAGCAGCUGCCCAGCUGCCUCCCUGCCUGGCCGCUCCUUUCACCUGCCGCGGCCGUGGCCCGUGAGGGUCACGUUCCCGUCCGUCACCACUCUGGUGCCCCUCCUGCGGCCGCACCGCCACCUGCAAGUCCAGGUGGCCUCCUUUGCGCUCAACCCGUUCAGGCACCUGGACGGGACGGCGGUGGGGAGUGUGGCGAGCGUCUCAUUGGUCGCCAGCAGGGAGCCCCUCCGGAUCCAGGGCCUGGCAGAGGAGAUCGAGGUGGGAGUGGCGCCCUCGCCCCGCAAGUCCGGCAAGGGGGUGCUCAAGCACGGCCCCCUCCUGCUCCCUGCCAGCCAAUCCCAACCCUCCUCCAAAGCCGGGCAGCAAACACGGCGAGGACCCCGCCUGCCCGGCCAGCACCUGGCGCUGCUUGGCCAGGACGGCGCAGCCCCAGAGGUCCGGCUGGGUGGUGAGGCCGGAGAACCCGCCCACCUGUCUGGGGGCGCCACGCACUUCAGCCUGGAGGCGGAGGUGCCGUCGAUGGGGACGGGGCAGGCCCUGCUGCUCUCCAUGAGGCCCAGCGUCCCCGUGCAGCUCCUCCUGCGCCUGGGCGAUGGGCCAGCGGCCCUGCUCAACACAACCCUGCCCAGGGGGCCACGGCAAGAGGAGGGUGCCUAUGUCUGGGUCAUCCCCGCGGAGGAGCUGCGCCAUGGCGUGGGCACGUUCCACAUUUCUGCAGAGGUGGCCCAUCCCCCGCGGAGCUCCUGGAACCUCUCCAGCAGCCUCGUCAGCGCCGGAUGCUACUACUGGGCCGUCCGCCCGCGGGCCUGGAGAAGCAACGGCUGUCGGGUCGGCCCCCGCAGCACGCCGGGCAGCAUCCAGUGCCUCUGCAGCCACCUCUCCUUCUUCGGCCGUGUCGUGCUGGUCCUGCCGCACCGGAUCUGCCUGCAGUGCACGGGCCAGCUCCUCCGCAGGGUGGGCCAGAACCCGGCGGGGGUGGCCCUGCUCGGCAGCCUUCUGCUGGGCUACGGAGUGGCCCUCCUUUGGGUCCGCCAGAGACAGAAGGCCGAUGCGGGGAAGGUGAAGGUCACCGCCCUGGCGGAUAACGCAGCCGGGGCCAGCUACCUCUACCUGGUCCAGGUGUUCACAGGCCACCGUCGAGGGGCGGGCACGUCUGCGAAGGUCACCCUGACCAUCUACGGGGCGGAGGGCCGCAGUGAAGCCCACCUGCUGCGGCACCCAGAGCCCCCCUGCCUGGAGAGGGGCGGGAUGGAUGCCUUCCUCUUGGCCACGUGGACGCCCCUGGGGGAGCUGCAUGCCGUCCGGCUCUGGCACAGCAACACGGGGCCCAGCCCCAGCUGGUUUGUGCGCCGGCUCGUUAUCAGCGACCUUCAAGCCGGGAAGAAGUGGCAUUUCCUCGCUGGGCGCUGGCUGGCUGUUGAGCUGGGCGACGGGCAGCUGGACGGGGUGUUUGUGGCUGCUUCGGAGAGGGAGCUGCUGUCCUUUAGGCACCUGUUCUGGGAAGGGCUGGUGGGGAAGUUGACGCAGGAGCACCUCUGGCUGUCCGUGGGGAGCUGCUCACCCUGGAGCCCCUUCACCCGCGCACAGCGGCUCUCUUGCUGCUUCGCCCUCCUGCUGUGCUCCAUGCUCACCAGCAUCAUGUUCUGGAAAGAACCACCAGAGGAUGGGUCCCGCCCCAAGCCAGCAGGGCCAUUCGCAGUGACCUGGCAGCAGCUGGUGGUGAGCGCAGAAGCGGCCGUCCUCCUCCUCCCCGUGCACCUGCUGAUCACCCGCCUCUUCCAGCUGGGCCAGCUCCCGGACUCGGGGCCGCCUCCCAGGAGAACCCACGACGCCCAGCCCGUGGUGCCCCCCAGGCAGACCCCCCUCCUCGCCCACCUCAAGCAGGAGCUGACUGAGACACUGGGCUUCCUCUACAAGAACCCGCUGUGCCGGUGCAGGGACAUGAGUGGGUUCCCCGGAACUCCGACACGCCUGCCAGAGCUCGUGUCUGGCCUGUGUGGCCUCAUCCACUCCCAUCUCCAGCAUCUGGAGGACUCGGAAGUUCCCCCUCCAGAGGGAUCCUGCCAUCUCCUCCACUAUCUCUGCCACGUGGUGAACGACCUGGAGGCGCAGCUCCGCACUCUCGGCGGGAGCAGCCAGCCUGACCCCUACGACUGCCUGCAUGCUGCUGGGCAACUGCGCCAACUCUGGCAGCGCCUGGCGCAGCAGCACCAAGCCUGGCCCUGCGGAGCGGAGCCCAGGAGCUGCCUGCGGAGACGCGACACAGCCUGCCUUGCCAGGCCUCGGUCCCAGACCAGCGGCACCCCGGGCCAAGGCGCAGCGGUGGAACCAGCGCGCCCCUCACACCGCUGCCCCAGCCGGAGGGGCCUCGUCUCCUGGGGGGUCCUGGGGGCUACCUGCCUGGCCACAGCCUUCUUCACGGGGCUGUACAGCCUCCAGAUGGACAAGGAGCAGGCCGCCCGCUGGGCCAUCACCACGCUGCUGUCGGUCCUGCAGAACAUCCUGCUCCUGCAGCCGCUGAAGGUGCUGGCCCUGACGACGCUUUCUGCGCUGCUUCGCAGGAGGGAGCCAUGGCAAGACGGAGGGCAGGAGCAGCAGCUGCAGCGGCAGCUGGGCCUCCUCCUGGAGAGGGCCCCUGGCCGGGCACCUCCUUGCUCGAGGGACUGCUCCAGCCCCCUGUACAGGCCCCCGGCCCUGACUCCCAGUGCACCGUGGAAGGAGCGCGCCCAGCAGGAGGAGAAGCUGUGCUUCCUGCUCCGGGAGAUUGUGGUGCAGCUCCUGUUCCUGGCUGUGCUGAUGGUUCUUGGCUACCGGGAGAGGGGUCCCCACGAGUUCUGUCUGAACAAUGCCCUCCGGAAGGUCUUUGCCACGAAGCUGAAGGACGUCCGCACUCAGGAGCAGCUCUACAGCUGGGCCAGGCAGUCUCUGCUGCCCGGUGUCUACAGCGAUGCUCAGGGACUGGCCAUGGACGGAAACUCUUUCCUGGUGGGCAGCGUGAGACUACGGCAGAUCCGGGCCAGGGGAACCCCAUGGAAGCCAGUGCCAGCUGUGCUCGCGCUUCAACAGAAGCACCUCAUGGGCUCACUGGAGGAAGUGGCCGGUCCAGCUCCCCGCUGGGGAUCUCCUGGCACUGACAGGAGAACAGGGGACAGUCCUUGGGAGCAUCAGAGUGAGAGCGCCCUGAAAGAACGCCCCAUCUGGGGGAAGCUUGCUCUCUAUCCCGGAAGCGGUUACCUAGCGGACCUUGGCACAAACACGAGCCAUGCAAACAGUGUCCUGCAAUAUCUGGAGCAAAAUCACUGGCUAGAUGGGAGCACACGAGCUGUGUUUGUGGAGUUUGUCGUCUACAACGCCAACGUCAACCUCUUCUGUGUCAUCACCCUGAUUCUAGAAACCGAUGGCCUAGGCAAGAUGGACUGGGGGGAUGGCGGAGGCAGCCCUUCGCUACGAGGCCACCAUAGGCCUCGGAUUAGACCAGAUGGUGGGGAAGGGGCUCUUCUCAGCACAGCAGAGCUGCAGAUACUCCGUCUUUAUCCCAGCAGCGAUGGCCUCGUCCAGUUGGCCUGUGCCCACACCACGUUCCUCCUCUUUGUCUUGUACUACAUUGUGGUGCAGCCUCCUCACGGAGCACUUAGGGGGCCUCAUGGCUUGCAGGGCCGGCAGGUGAAGCGGCAGAAGCUGAGGUACUUCGGCAGCAAGGGGAGCCUGCUGGAUGCCAGCGUCACCCUCAUCAGCGUGGCUGCGGUUGGCCUCCACGUGAAGCGAAGUCUUCUGGCACACGGCCUCCUGAGGCGGCACCGCCAGGACCGCACCCGGUUCAUCAGCUUCCAAGAGACCGUGGAGGUGGACUCGGCUCUGACGUACCUGAUUGCCUUCCUGAUCGCCCUGGCAACCGUCAAGCUGUGGAAGCUCCUCCAGUUGCAUUCCAGGAUGCGCCUCAUCACAGAGACGCUGCGGAAAGGCUGGGACAAGGCUCUGGGGCUCCUGGUCGCGCUCCUGGUGCUGCUCACAGGUUAUGCCAGUGGGUGCAACCUCAUGUUCGGCUGGAGCAUCGCAGACUACAAGACCUUCUUCGACUCAGGAGUGACCAUUGUGGGGCUCCUGGUUGGCAUCUUCAACUACGAAGAGGUCAUUGCUUUGGACCCGGUGCUGGGCUCUGCGCUGAUCGUUACCGGCGUCUUCUCCAUGGUGUUUGUGAUCCUCAACUUGUUCGUCUCUGCCCUUCUGACCAUCUUUAGCCAGGAGAUGAAGGCCGCCAAGGCAAGUAUCGUCAGAGGGGUCCGGCCCAGCUCGACCCCAGUCAAGAGCCGCACGAGACCCUUCUCGCAGGGAGCUGCCACUUCUGCACGCAGCCCCCACUCACAAGCCCCUCCCCCACAAUGCAGGCCCGCAAGGAGGAAUCCGUAAUGCGGCUGCUUCGGCUCAAGAUCUCAGCCUUGUUGGGAGUUGAGCGACAAACGACAGUGGUGGCGGCAACCGCUCUGGAGGCACA